UCCCCCAUCCAUGUAACCGAGUUGGCCCCUCGUGGCUUUACGUUUAUGAAAACAUUAUGAGUGGAGAGAGUGUUCACUAAGAUGGCGAUUUGUUGAGUUGUUUAUUGAAAUGGAGUGCAAAAAUUUUGUGAAUGUCAGCUUCAAAAGUAUUCCUAGUCCAAUGGUUGUUGUGUGGGCUGUAUUGGUAGUGAAUACAAAUUCGCAGUAACGUGGAAUAACAAUAGAAAAAUGCGUGAAUUUAAAGUUGUAGUUCUCGGAUCGGGUGGGGUUGGAAAAAGUGCACUAACUGUUCAGUUCGUUUCUGGGUGUUUCAUGGAGAAAUACGACCCCACGAUCGAGGAUUUUUAUCGAAAGGAAAUCGAAGUGGAUAACUCUCCGUGUGUGUUGGAGAUUUUGGACACAGCAGGUACAGAACAAUUUGCUAGCAUGCGCGACCUCUACAUAAAGAACGGACAAGGGUUUGUCGUAGUGUAUAGUUUAACAAAUCAUCAAACAUUUCAAGACAUCCGCCCUAUGAAAGAACUUAUUACGAGAGUUAAAGGGACCGAGAGGGUUCCUAUUUUACUUGUCGCCAAUAAGGUGGACUUGGAUCAUCAGAGAGAAGUAGACUUCGCGGAAGGUAAUAGUCUUUCUCAACAAUGGGGAUGUCCUUUCAUUGAAGCUAGCGCCAAGAACAGGACCAACGUGAAUGAGGUUUUCGCAGAAAUAGUCCGUGAAAUGAACUUUAAUCCAGAGAAGCCAAAGCCAACUUACUGCUGUUGUACAGUGCUCUAAUAUCGGCGGUUUUCUCCUCUGUUGGGAACAAUCUAUUAACAGGCGACACUUGCUUUGUUACUGUGAACUGCUAAACUGACUAUGUCAUCUGUUAUUUUCAAGGUUUAGCAUUUCCGGACAAUUAUCACGGAUUUUUUAUUGUAAAUGCUCAUUUCUAGUAUACUUCAAUGGCUUAGAACUGCACAAUAUCUAUAUUUUUAUACAUUGAACAAAAUUUUCGUAAAUAAUGCAUGAAAAUGUAUUUUAUUUACUAGUUUUUUAAACUGAAUCAUAUCUACCAUAAGAUCUAUUGAUAGUGCCUGAUUAAAAACUGCGACUAAAACGCAUGGAUAGUGGUACUGGUACUAUUCGGCCUAAAUUUUUUUGCAAAUGGUCAACCUCCAAGUGAACUAACACAAGCAUGGGCCUUCCAGUAUAUUCGCCAUGCGAAUAUUCUCCGAUAUGGUUCUGUAAACGUGAGCUCAUAAUGUACAUAUAUUAUAAAAAUUUUAUCAAAGAUCUGUGUUUGUUACAUAGGAACUUUUUCAAUCAAAAAGUGAUGAGUGCUUGAAGAUGCGUGCUUGUAGAACUAAUUAAUGUUUUUGAAAUUAAAAAAAUGAAGCUGAUAGGAUGUGUGUUCUGAGAGCCAAAAAGGAUUUGUGAUAUAUACGUAUUAUAAUAAAAUUUAAGUGGAAAGUUA